AGGUAAGAGACUCACAAACUCAGGGAGUUCUAGUUCUGGGUCUGUGUCACUGACACAAGAGCGAAGCUUCGUCCGGAAUUUAAAGGAGCGACCGUCUAGAUAUGAUGGAUGAAGAGGCCACUAAACGUUACUGUCGGACCGACAGCGACGGACCGAAGCUGGAACAAGUCAAGCGAGGGAGUAAAGUCCAGGAGGAGAGAGAGAUCACGGUGCUGCCUCAGAGGACCAAGACCAGCCAGACGCCAGACGACAGCGACCACUGCACAACGAACAUGUCUUCCUCCUGCUGUUCCUCUUGUGUACGUCUAAAGGACAGAUGUCUUCGUCCUCGGGGACUCCUCAGCCUUCUCAUCACCAAAGUUUCUCUGAUGGCUCUGCUGUUUGGAGUCGUCUGGUCCAUCACAGGGACGGUGUCUUUACCUGGGGGGAACCUCUUUGGCAUCAUCAUCCUCUUCAUCUGCUCCGUGCUGGGGGGAAAGCUGGUGGGAAUGAUCCGACUGCCCACGCUGCCACCCUUCCCUCCACUACUUGGCAUGCUGUUGGCUGGUCUGGCGUUGCGUAACAUUCCCUACAUAACCAAAGCCAUCGUCAUUGACGCCCACUGGUCGUCGUCUCUGAGGAACAUUGCCCUGGCCAUCAUCCUGACCAGAGCCGGACUGGGCCUCGACCCCUCGGCAUUGAGGCGACUGAAGGCGGUGUGCCUUCGUGUUGCUGCCGGCCCUUGUCUCAUGGAGGCCUCCACUGACGCUGUGGUUUCUCACUUCCUCCUGGGCCUGCCGUGGGUGUGGGCCUUCAUUCUGGGUUUCGUCCUGUCUGCGGUGUCUCCAGCCGUCGUUGUUCCUUCGAUGUUGCUCCUGCAGAGAGAAGGCCUCGGGGUGGAGAAGGGAAUCCCCACCUUGCUGAUGGCUGCUGGAAGCUUUGAUGACAUUAUAGCCAUAACGGGAUUCUCUACUUUUCUGGGGAUUGCGUUCUCCAAAGGUUCCAUGUGGAUGAACAUACUGAAGGGUGUGCUGGAGGUGGUGGGAGGGAUCAUAGCUGGGCUCAUCGUGGGCUUGUUCUUAUGCUUCUUCCCCAGCAAUGACCAGGAGGAUCUGGUUUUGAGGAGGACUCUCAUGUUGUUGGGUCUGUCCAUAUUUUCCGUAUUCUUCAGUAAUGUUAUUGGGUUUGCUGGAGCCGGUACUCUCUGUACUCUGGUCCUGUCCUUCCUUGCUGCCCUGGGCUGGAAGUCAGAAAAGGCCCCGGUGGCAGCCAUGGUGGGUCGGUCAUGGGAUGUGUUCCAGCCCCUCCUGUUUGGUCUGAUUGGUGCUGAGAUUACCAUAGCAAACCUCAACCCAAGCACCGUGGGUCUGGGUUUGGCCUGCAUCAGUAUCGGGGUGGUGAUCCGUCUGCUCGUCACUUUCCUGCUGGUUCACUUUGGAGGAUUCAACCUGAAGGAGAAAGUCUUUCUUGCCGUGGCCUGGCUCCCCAAAGCCACCGUACAGGCCGCUGUCGGCUCCACAGCGUUGGACAUGGCGAGGACGGUGGGGGAUGAGACGUCCAUUAAGUUUGGCUUAGACGUGUUGACGUUAGCCGUGUUAUCCAUCCUGACCACGGCUCCCAUCGGUGCUUUGGGCAUCGGCCUGGCGGGGCCACGCCUCCUGGCUCGGAAGGCCACAGAGGAGACAGAAGAUGAAGCCACACCUCCUCACAGCAACGGAAUGGUCCAAGAAAACGACCACGGGAACAUUGAGAGCAAACUAUGAGAUAGAUAGAUAGAUAGAUAGAUAGAUAGAUAGAUAGAUAGAUAGAUAGAUAGAUAGAUAGAUAGAUAGAUAGAUAGAUAGAUAGAUAGAUAGAUUGAUAGAUAGAUAGAUAGAUAGAUAGCUGUUUUUUAUGCUCUGAUAUGUUCAAGUCAAACUACCGUCAGUGUCCAAAUGUCUGUUUAUUAUGCUAUCGAUAUUAAAAGAGGAAAAAAAAAAUGACUUUGUCGUUUCAUACAACGACAUUUCCACACUGAUUAGAAGUUGUGAACGAUAAAGCUAGCCAGCUAAUGUCUAGGGUUUUCAGAUGUGGUGGAGCCAAAGUAGGUUCACAUGACUUGUGGUUUCACCACGACUGAAGGCAGCUAGAGCACAAUGUGGCUCAACAUGAGCUCAGCCAGGACCCAGCUGACAUUUGUCCAUGGUUUUAAUCCUCCAGAGCUUAAUCUACCUGACUCUGCUGAAAUACAUUGAAGAUGCCCUCUGUGCUUUAGGUUUUGCUCAGGGCUUUACUCCAUCCCAUAACUACAGCGGUCUGUACAAUACACUGUCAGCUCAGGCAAGACCACAAGACGUUUCUGAGAAUGACGCAAUGCCUGGUUUAACCCUUUAGAAACCAACGUAUCACCGGCAGUGCGUUAAAUCUCGUAGUUUUUGAAUUACUGUAACUAAGACCUGUGUGACACCUCAGGGGUAUAUCUAACUAAUGAUUACCAACACAUUCCUUCAAACAACUCU